GGCGCGCCUCCGAGUGCCUCAGCAUAACCCUUCCGGGCGGGGGCGGCCGCUGCCGGGCGGUUCCCGCGGCCGAGGCGCGGCGGGAUGAAGUGAGUCGCGACGGACGGCGCGGGAGCAGCGGGGCCUCGCCCUUCUCAGACGGGCCGGGGCUAUGCGAGGGCCGCGCUGCCGCCUGCCCUAGGCCCGGGCCGCGGUGGCGGCGGGCCCGGCGGGGGAGCGGCGAGCGGCUGCGGGGCCCGAUGCGGGAGUACAAAGUGGUGGUGCUGGGCAGCGGGGGGGUGGGGAAGUCCGCCCUGACGGUGCAGUUCGUCACCGGGACCUUCAUCGAGAAGUACGACCCCACCAUCGAGGACUUCUACCGCAAGGAGAUCGAGGUGGACUCGUCCCCUUCGGUGCUGGAGAUCCUCGACACGGCGGGUACCGAGCAGUUCGCUUCCAUGCGCGAUCUCUACAUCAAAAACGGCCAGGGCUUCAUCCUCGUCUACAGCCUGGUCAACCAGCAAUCCUUCCAGGACAUCAAGCCCAUGCGGGACCAGAUCGUGCGGGUGAAGAGAUACGAGAAGGUUCCUCUGAUCCUGGUGGGGAACAAGGUGGACCUGGAGUCAGAGAGGGAGGUCCUGUCUGCAGAGGGCAGAGCCCUGGCUCAGGAGUGGGGCUGCCCCUUCAUGGAGACAUCAGCCAAGAGCAAAACCAUGGUGGAUGAACUGUUUGCUGAGAUUGUCAGACAAAUGAACUAUGCUUCCCUGCCUGAGAAACAAGAUCAGUGUUGUACAACCUGCAUCCUCCAGUGAGAGAAGGAAGACCUCAGUCAUGGCCAUACAGAGCAGAUAUAAAACUCAGAGGAAACUUGCACAGAUGCUGCUUUGGAGAACCUUCAGCCCAGGUUGCAGAGCUGAGCCUUGGUAAACCUGUCUGUGUUACAGCACAUUUGCCAUCCAUCUGAAGUGCAGAGUAAGGUUGGUGGCCUGCAGGAUCCACACACCUUAACCAGAAUGCUUAGCAUGUUUACCACAAGUCUCAAAACCUCCUUCUCUCCCAGCCCUUCCCCAGCUCUCUGAGUUCCUCCUCUGGCUGAUAUGCAAAGUUCCUUUCCUCUUUGGUUUUGUUCUUCUCUUGCUUUAUUUCCCUUUUUUUUAUAGCUAUUUUAAUUGAUUUCUUCAAUCCAUUUUUGAACUUGUAUUUAUUGAAUACUCAAACUCAGUAUUACCUUCCUCAAUGCCUUCUACAAGAGAGAAGAGGAGCAGGAGUUGUGAUGGGGACUGAAUUGAGCCUUAAAGCAAUGGUUGCUUCUGUCUAUUACCUCGCAGCAGUGCUUAGUGCUCUUCGCCAGGGCCUUCUCCUCCCACCUAGUCGGUCACCAGCUGGGACUUUGUGUUUACAUGUGACAGUGUCAUGCCAAGGGAGCUGCAGGCUCCUGCCCUCUCUGGCUGCAGGAGCCCCUUCCUGGGCUGGGGGUGCUUGUAACCGGCCCCAGCCUGCCCCCGAGGGGCUCUCC